CCAGCAGUGGUGAAGCACCCUUACAUGAGGUAAACUCUCAAAGGGCACAUUACAGUCCGCUGGCAAACAUACUGGCAUUGUUCUCCACUUGAAACAGGUGGUUUAGGGGAUUUUUGGGAGGAAUACAAAAGGAUAAUACAAAAGCAAGGAAUAAAAGACAAAUUACUCAACGUGCCAAGGAUUUUAAGUUGGAGCUACACACAGUUUGAGGAAGACAUCUGGAAACAUCUGGAGUUAGACACAAGUGGGCCAAACAAAACAAACAAAGAAUGUUUGAUGGAUUAAAAAGUGCCCCAGAAUUGUGGAUUAAAGAAUGAAAGAUUGAGAGGUGGACUGCAGAUCAUUUUUCCACUGAGGAUCUUGUUCCUUGCGUGGGAUCAGGUUGUUUGCCAGCCAACUUUGAGGCACGCGCACGGCAGGUGUGGUGUUUUCUUCCCUCAUCCUUCUGAAGACCGAUUAGACUGAAAACAGGUCUGAUUAUUUGGUUCUCUUCUCAAAUUUCAAUGACUACCAACCCUGCCCUUUAACUUAACCACUGUCAACCUCCUUCAAAUGUACUUCUUUAAAGGGAGCCAUUUCUAAGACCAACGCUGUUUGUUUUUCAUCAGGACAUAAAAAAAAGUUGUAAUUAUACCCUCGCUUUCAUUUUUGUGUUCUGCUGUGUGUCGCAUGAGUAGAGUCGUGUUAUGGUAGAAGAGAGAAGACACGCGGUGGUUGGGAGACUAAAGUAGUAGAAAGGGCAGAGGAAGGAAGAAGAGGGGAGAUAAACAGAGGGAAUUAAAGAAAGUAACCCUCUCUAUCGUUGAUCUAAACAGCUCCCGUCACAAAUCACAGCGGUGGCUUUUGUUAGUGACGGAUCUGUGAUACUCGUAAGACAGUUUGGCCUACACAGACAGACGGUACAUGCAGAUAGUCUGAGACAUACAGUAACAGUCCCUCUGUGGUGUGUCAGUUCUCUGCAACGCACACCAAAGUACAAUCUGCUCUUGUGUGGAUUGAAGGCCAAAAGAACAUAGACCAACCAAAGACUUGUAAGUUAGAAAAAUAUAUAUAUAAAAGCACCCGGGUAGAACUUCUUCCACGAUGUCAUCGGACACCUUGAAAGAUCUCUCUCAAACCAUGGAGAGCUUGGUCAGACCGGACACCUCCAGAACGUACAUCUACACCCACGCCUGCCCGUGCACGGGAAGACGACGCAUCCGUGGCAACAACAACAGCACCUACAGACACCCUCUCCAACUCCCGCUCUUCCCUGUGGCUCUCAUCCUCGUCCCCUUGCUGCUCUGUCUCUGGGGCCACCAGGCCCAAGGAGUCGUCCACUCCAGCUUCCGCCGCCUCAGCAGCCGAGAGAAGAAAGAGAUGCAGAGGGAGAUCCUGUCCAUCCUGGGUCUACCAGGCCGGCCCAGACCACAUCCUCCCCUCCGACCGCCCUCCUCAGCCCCCCUCUUCAUGCUGGACCUGUACCACGCUGUGUCGGCCGAGGGGGAUGAGGGAAACGGAAUAGGGAAUGAGGUAGGGGGACUGGGGUUCGGCGGUCUGGAUGGGUUGACGGGCCACGUCAGCCAUGCCGCACUGCCCACUCUCAGCACACACACGCCACCGCUGGGUACGGUGGUCAGCGAGGCCGAUACGGUCAUGAGCUUCGUUAAUCUGGUGGAGCAGGAGCGGGACCUGCUGCAGCCACGGCCAUACUGGAAGGAGUUCCGUUUUGACCUGACGCCCCUCCCCCAGGGGGAGACGGUCACGGCUGCAGAGUUCCGCAUUUAUAAGACCCUGACCAUGGGCCAGAGGGCCAACCGCACCCUGCACAUCUCCGUCUACGAGAUCCAACGGGAGAGCAAACACAGAGAGCCAGAGCUGGUGCUGCUGGACAUACAGUCAGUGCCCGCGGGGCAGGAGGGCUGGCUGGCUUUUGACGUGACCUCUGCCAGCAACCGUUGGCUCCUGCACCCCCGCAGCAACCUGGGCAUUCGUCUCUAUGUGGAGACAGAGGAGGACCGGUCCUUGUCAGCUGGGUGGGUAGGAUUGGUGGGUCGAAGGGGCCCCCGCUCCAAACAGCCCUUCAUGGUGACCUUCUUCAGGGCCAGCCAGGUCCCCUGUCGCCCCCCACGCGCCCUGAAACCCAACCCCCGCAAGAGGAAGCCCAAAUAUGACCUGCCCCUUCCCAGUAUACAUGGUGAGGUCCUACAAGACCACAGCCACGUCAACAGUGGGCGUCAGGCUUGUAAGAGACAUGAAUUAUAUGUGAGCUUUAGUGACCUAGGCUGGAAGGACUGGGUCCUGGCUCCUAGUGGUUACUCUGCCUUCUACUGUGAUGGAGAAUGCCUAUACCCUCUGGGUUCCUGCAUGAACGCCACCAACCACGCUAUGAUCCAACUAGUGGUCAGUAUACACUACUACACCCUCUCUCACAUGAAAGCCAGCUACCACGCUAUGAUCCAACUAGUGGUUCACCUUUUGAAGCCGGAUGAGGUUCCCAAAGCGUGCUGCGCACCCACCAAGCUCAGUCCCAUCUCUGUACUCUUCUACGACGACAACAACAAUGUGAUCCUAAAGAAGCAUCGCAACAUGGUGGUCAAGACCUGUGGAUGCCUGUAACAUCUGUGGUGGCCCAUCUAUUCUACAUCAUUUUAAUAAACUUCACUACCAUUGUUCCAAAAGAUACAAACAGGGUUGAUAGCAAUAAUCUGGCAAUAUGCGGAUAAAUAGUAUGUAUCUACACUGAACAAAAAUAUAAACGCAACAUGCAACAAUUUUACUGAUUUUACUGAGUUAUAGUUCAUAUAAGGAAAUUGGUUAAUUAAAAUACAUUCUUUAUGCCCUAAUCUAUGGAUUUCACAUCACUGGGAAUACAGAUAUGCAUCUGUUGAUCACAGAUACUUUUUUAAAUAAAGAUAGGGUUGUGGAUCAGAAAACCAGUCAGUAUCUGGUGUGACCCAGAUACUGACACAUUUAAUUUAAUGUUUUUGUUAUUUUUUAUUUAACUAGGCAAGUCAUUUAAGAACAAAUUCUUAUUUACAAUGUCGGCCAAUCCCGACGACGCUGGGCCAAUUGUGCACCGCCCUAUGGGACUCCCAAUCAUGACCGGAUAUCAUGCAGCCUGGAUUCCAACCAGGGACUGCAGUGAUGCCUCUUGCACUGAGAUGCAGUAACUUAGACCGCUGCGCCAUUCGGGAGCCCUCAUCUCCCUAGCAUAGUUGAUCAGGCUGUUGAUUGAGGCCUGUGGAAUGUUGUCCCACUCGUCUUCGAUGGUUUUUAAAGGUUGCGGGAACUGGAACGCGCUGUCGUGCACAUCGAUCCAGAGCAUCCCAAACAUGCUUGUGAGUAUGCAGGACACGGAAGAAUUAGCACAUUUUCAGCACCCAGGAAUUGUGUACAGAUCCUUGCGAAAUGGGACCGCGCAUUAACAUGCUGAAAUAUGAGGUGAUGGCAGAGGAUUACUGGCACAGCAAUGGGCCUCAGGAUCUCAUAGAGGUAUCUCUGUGCAUUCAAAUUGCCAUCGAUAAAAUGCAAUUGGGUUCGUUGUCCGUAGCUUAUGCCUGCCUAUACCAUAACCCCAGUGCCACCAUGGGGCACUCUGUUCACAACAUUGACAUCAGCAAACCGCUCGCCCAUGCGACGCGGGAUUGAUCCUUAAAGAGCACACUUCUUCAGCGUGCCAGUGGCCAUCGAAGGUGAGUAUUUGCCCACUGAAGUCACUUUGAUGCCGAUCUGCAGUAAGACCCUGGUGAGUACAACAAGCACGCAGAUGGGCUUCCCUGUGACGGUUUCUUCUGACAAAUUCUUCAGUUGUGCAAUCCCACAGUUGCAUCAGCUAUCCGGGUGUCUGAUCUCAGAUGAUCCCACAGGUGAAUAGCCGGAUGUGGAGGUCCUGGGCUGGCGUGGUUACACGUGGUCUGAGGUUGUGAGGCCGGUUGGAUAUACAGCCAAAUUCUCUAAAACGACAUGGUAGAGAAAGGAAUAUUAAAUUCUCUUGCAACAGCUCUGGUGGCCAUUCCUGCAGUCAGCAGGUGAAUGGAUUAUCUUGGCAAAGGAGAAAUGCUCACUAACAGGGAUGUAAACAAAUUGGUGCACAAGAUUAGAAAGAAAUGCGCUUUUUGUACAUAUGGAACAUUUCUGGGAUCUUUUAUUUCAGUUCAUAAAACAUGGGACCAACACUUUACAUGUGUUUACAUUUUUGUUCAGUAUAAUAUAUUGACUGAGUAUGAGAAUGGUAUAUGAAUAACACACAUUACCUCUUUCAUAACGACAGAUCUUCGCAUUCGACUUAUAACCAUACUUCACUCUUAAACUAUUCAAAUCUACAGUAAUUCAGAUAAUUACAUCACCCUUUGUCAUAUAUUCUAUGUAUCCAAUCAAAGCUGUAAAGUACUGUGACAUGUGCAACGCUACAUUUCUACCCUUUUGAUGGCUGUUGUCUUGUUGAACCAUGAAUUUCUCAUUGUCUCUUUUAGAUGUACUACACAUGGUUCAAUUAAAACUCUAAAUAUAUGGACCAUAAGUGUGCAUUUCUUUAGUUCUACCUGUAACCAGUACAAGUUAGUAGCAAUGGAAAAUGUCCAAUUCUAUUUUUUUUGUCAUUUUUCUAUGUACAGAGGAUCCAAUACACAGGAAUGUGUCAUUGUCAGCAUAUUUAUGGAGGACUGUGUACUGCUAUAUUUGUAAUACAAUAAACUAGAAUAUAUAUUGCAGAGGUUGAUUUGAUGCAGAAGUGAGAGGAAACGCCAGUGAACACAGACCUCCAGAAACUCCAACCCCUGUUCAGCUACAUAGCAUUCCAGUAUAUUGGAAAUACAUUUGAAAAUACUUGUAAGUAUGCAUUUGUCUGGUAUCAGUAUAGAUGGAAUGGCAUUUAACUUGUAUUUGGAAGUAACACAUUUUCUGCUAGAAUUACAAGGCAUACAUAUUCUCUCACACACAAAACAUAUCCACUGCUUUCCUUCAGAAUGGAUCAAAUAGGCAGAGGAAUGAUUUCAUAUAUAUUGCUACAUUUCUUGGAAAUGGUCAAAUGCAAAAUAGAACUGUUACAACGUGGACCAGGUGACUAUCCAUAGUGAUUUUGGCACUGUUUCAACCAGGGCCUUUUACAGGCAGAACAAGACUCAAUCUUAGGCAAAUAACAAAUCCUUUCCACUAUGACACCAUUCUCAAAGAAAGCAGAAAUGAUUUGCACAAGAGUGUAUGGGAGGAGGUAUAGAAAAGAGUUGUGGGUUCAAGUAAGACAGCGGUACACAACUGAGAAAAAGUUGCA